AAACAUCAAACCAAGAUGCCGGAUCGGGCGUUGCCCGCACGACUAUGGCCCUGAAGCGUAGAGAUGUGAUUCUCGCCGCCGUUACUGUCUUUGUCGCCUGGGGGUUUGUCACCCACUGGCUGCCGGGCCUACGGUACCUACCAUAUGCCUUCAUCGUCGGUGUGGUCGCCGUCCUCGCCCUGCAAGCAUGGCUCACGCUCACCACCGCCUGGAGCAUCGAGCGUCAGGAUGCCGACGCUGAUGUAUACGGCCCAAGGCACGUCGCCUUCCUCGCCCCAGCGCAGUGGAGGGCUGAGAGGGAGGCCCUCACUAAGCGCCGUAUGUAUAUGAUGGAGCCCGUGUACCCCUCAUCCUUCGUCGUGUCCGACAGCAUCGACGUGCUGAUCGGCCUGAUACUCCGCGACUUUGUCAAAACAUGGUACGGCAAUAUAAGCAAGAGCCCGACAUUUGUGAACGAGGUCGAUCGUGCCGUCAGAGCUGCGUUGGGCGACAUCAGCGACCGGAUCCUCGCGGUGGACAUGGUGGAAACAGUCGUGUCGAGGAUGAUGCCCUUGAUCACUGACCACCUGAAGGCUGCCUACGAAGCGGAGCGUGCUGUGCGUGGCCGGAAACUGUCACGCAAUGUCACAGAAUCAGACGAGCUUGAUAUGGCAAUUGCAGCCAAGUACAAAGAUGGCCAUCUGCAUCCCGCGGCCUCUCUUGCAUAUUCGAACACCAACCUCAUUCAGCAACAGCAUCUUCGAAGCAUCGUUGCUGGACUGUUACCAAAAGUCAUGCCCAGAAAUAUGACUACUAGUCCUGCUGUUAAUGUUCUGAUCAAGGAACUCGUGGCAUGCGCAGUCUUGGCUCCCGUGAUGCAGGUGCUGGCGGACCCGGACACCUGGAACCAGCUAAUGGAGGGAUACGGACGAACACUGUUACAAGAACGAAAGACUGUCCGCAAACUGCGUGCCGCUCUUGAUGAACAGACCCCCGCAUCACCAAAGCCGCCCAAGAAUGUCCAGUUCCCAAAGCUGUCCCCAUACGACAGUGAGCGCAAGUUUGAACGAUUCAUCAGAGCUAUCCGGCAGGCCAACACUUUGGCAGAUGCUCGGCGCUUCCGAACCGAGAUAUCUAGCCAAUUGCGGAAGGAUUCUGCUGCGGAAGGGCAAGACCCCAUUUACCUUCGUCGCCUUGAGACUGCAAGGCGAAUCUUGGAUCAAAAAGUUGCAAACUUGAGUGCUGGUGGAUCAGUCCGAGCGAAAGUAGCUACUCAAGAAAAGCCAAAGCAUAAACGAACAUCAUCAAAAUUCGAAACUGCUUCGUUGCGAGAAGUGCUGUACGACGCUUCGGGGCUUUCAUGCUUUAUGGAGUACAUGGAUCGUCUAAACCUCAUGCGCCUGGUCCAAUUCUGGAUCGUUGUUGACAGCUUUCGAAACCCACUAGAGCAGGAUACCGAUGAACCCGCCGAACACGUCGGCUCAUUAGCGGCCUGGAAAGACUCUGAUCGAGCAGAUCUUGCUCAAAUCAAUGAAGCAUAUCUCUCGAAGCCCGAACUCAAAAUCCUCCCGGAAGCAAGUCAAGCAGUCAAUGCAUUUCUUAAAGCAGGCCGAGCCGCGACGCCUCAACAUUACUACAAUGCUCGCCGUGCCCUUCUUCAGGCUCAGACUGCAGCGUACGAUGAGCUGCAGGAGCCUCAUUUCCGAAUAUUCAAGAAGUCUGACCUAUAUUACAAAUGGUUGGCCAUGGAUGAAGCUGCGAGUGCCCCAAACCCUGCUAAGAUCAGAGUCGUGGCACAAACUUUAGAUGACCCCCCUGCCGCUGUGCCUGGAAAAAUAAUUCGGGCCGCAUCCGCAACUAAGCAUCCUUCACUCCAGGCCCCUGACCUGCGGAGAGCAGUAGCGUCGUCUACUGAUAUUAAAAGUCAAAUCAAGAUUAAGGAUGCUGACCCAACACCUCGGCGAUCUUUGGACGGCAAUACCCCUGCGCGCGCACCUCUCUUCGAUGAUGACUAUGAUAGCGACCUCUUGGCACACUCAACCGCAAGCCUGGAUUCUGACCCCGAGACGGCUCGACCGAACGGUAAUAACUCGAGAGUUGUUGACGCGAUGCAAGCAGCAUUAAACGACAUCAUGGGUGAUGAGCCAGAAGGUUCCUUGUUCAACGACCCAAAUUUGAAUUCACCUCAAGACAACGACUCGAUGAGAGGGUCCUUAGAGUUACCUCGAGCCAACUCGCCGAUGCCAUUCACAACGCAAAAGAAAGACAAAGAGAAGCCUAGCAUAGCGUCUCUUGGACUUGUAGGUGAGCCUAGAACCCGCGGUGUUUUUAACGAUGAUCUCUUCGGCGACGAUGAAGAGAAAUUUCUUGAAGACGAGAUUGAGGACACGAACAAUAACGACAAGGGCGGGGAGGAAGAAAUCCACGAAGCAGCACCUGGGGAUCUUGGCUUAGCAGAGGCUAUCGACGCACUCACAGCAGAGAUUGAACGUCUAGUCACGCAGGAGUCAAUUGUGAAUUCCCUGACCUCGAAGGCCGAACUAACGAACAAUGCCGCCGAACUCAGGAUUUUGCGCAAGUCCAAAGCCAGCUUACAACGAGAAAUCCAGAGGAAGGAAUUGCAGCGACAGCAGUACAUUGUCCAAGAAAGCGACAAUAGCUUGUAUGGUCGCGCCACAGUCUUCAUUCAGUCCAUCAUGGUCGGUAACGAAGAAGAUGGGAAGGAGUUCGCCAUGUAUGUGAUCGAGGUUCGCAGACGCGCGGGCGAUCAGAUGCCUGCGGCUGCAUGGGUUAUUACGCGGAGAUAUAGCGAAUUCCAUGAACUCCAUAAGCGCCUUCGCGCAAAGUUUCCACAAACUCGGAAUUUGGAGUUCCCGAGGCGCCAGAUGGUGCUCAAGCUUCAAAAGGAUUUUUUGCAUAAGCGGCGGCUAGGAUUGGAAAAGUAUCUUAGGGAACUCCUCCUUAUACCUGCAGUGUGCCGCAGCCGCGAACUCCGCGCGUUCCUAUCUCAGCAAGCUAUCUCGCCCAUUGAUCCAGAUUCCUCGCAAGCAGCCCAUGGCCGCGACUUCGUCACCAGGAUCUACAAUUCCGUCGCUGACGGCAUGGAAGAGUUUCUCGGCAACAUACCCGUGCUUGAUCAGCUUUCUGUCGCUGGCCAAAACAUAAUAUCGGCAGCAACAAACCAGCUCGCAUCUAACGGCACAACAGCUCCUCCUGUUCUUCCCACCUCCACUGUAUUAGGUAUGGACCCAGGCACAGACGCUGAGGCCGAAGCCGAGCUCCUCGCGUUUGAAAAUAAAGAACUAGAGCCGUUCGUGAAGCCAAUCUGUGAUUUAUUUCUGGAGACUUUCGAGCUGAACCGUGAGAAUAACUGGCUCCGCGGACGCGCUGUUGUCGUAGUAUUGCACCAACUUCUCGGUGGCACGAUUGAACGCAAAGUCCGCGAAAAUGCAAAGUCGUUCCUGUCUGAGGACAAGAUCGCUCAAUAUAUCGACACACUGAAAGACACCAUGUGGCCAGGCGGCCACCUGAAACCUCCUGUAGAGCGAACGGCGGCGGAAAGAGCGAAGAGCAUGAACGAAGCUGGUGUCGUGUUGGCAACUCUAGUGCCCGAACUAGCGGCUAGUGUAGUUGGGAGAAGUAAUGCACAGGCUGCGAGCAGGAGACUUCUCGCAACGGUAAACAACAAAAGGCUUAAUACUCACCUCGCCUUCACCCUUUUAGAUGAGAUAUUGCAAGUUCUCUUCCCGGAUGUAAUGAUAAAAUGAAGCCUUGGAUGAUGAUGCAUAAGCAGCGUUGGUUCUCUUUUCCUAUUACAUAUUGCGUUUCAUUACUCAUGAAAUAGGUCCAAACAGAAUUGGAUCUACAUCCUUCUUGGGAAAUUUUGUUAUCUUCGGCAGUGACUUGGAGAGUUCAUACUAAGCACAGACCAGCUUAUUGACCAAAUAGGGUUAAUUCGCCCUCAAUGUUGGCCCCGCACUUCGUCCGAAUAUCC